UGUGUGGCCCGCCGUGUUGGAGGCUCAGUAUUUGUUUGUCGUUAGAAAUCGUCGGACAACGGAACGAACCCGGAACCCCAACAGUUCACCCUCCCAGCGGGCAUCCCAUUCAUCAUUCUGUAUAUUCAAAUUAGAAAUUUAGAAAAGUCGUGCCCGAAUAUGUCGCCAAACAGCAGUUCAGAGAAGUCGGUGAAUCCCAACGAGCACCUGACCAUACCCAAGUGGGUGAACGAGGACUACUUCCUGCCAAUACUCGAAAAGGAUGUGAAUGGCUUUGACAAGAUCGUCAGCUUCACACCCAUUGCAGCCACGGCUCCCGGAGAAAAUUACACCUCCGUGAUGAUCCGUGUGCUCAUCGAUGUGCUGCUGAAAGACGCCAGCAGCCCAGAGAACUUCCAAACGAUCCGAAAGCAGAGUCAAGUGAAGUCCCCCAUCAGAAUGCCCGAUAACAGCAACAAGUUCUGCACCACCCAUAAUGUCCGCAUACCGGAGUGGGUCAACGAGGCCUACUUCAAGAAGCUGCUGAAGCGGGAGCUGAAAGAGUUCCGACGCAUCUUGAAUCUCUCAAUUAUACCGGCCACGCCUCCGGGCGAGACUUAUACAUCGCUGCUGAUGCGCAUUAUCGUCGACAUUGAAAUGAAAGACGGCUUCUCACAGCAGAAAUCCUACGUGCUGAAGACCAUGCUGGACGAUGCCCAGGGCAAUGGGUUUGUCAACACCCUGAAUAUCUUUCCCAAGGAGAAGCAAAUGUACGAUCUGAUUAUACCACAAUUGGAGCAGCUCUACGAGCAGUCGGGCCUGGCGGUACAGUUUGCCCCCAAAUGCCACUGGUCGGAGAAUGUCAAUGGUCGCAUCUGCCUCGUCCAGGAGGAUCUCAAAACGAAGAAGUUUCGUAAUAUCAAUCGUCUCAAGGGCUUCGAUAUGCCGCACAUGAGAAGGGUGCUCGAGAAACUGGCGGAAUUCCAUGCGGCCAGCGCAGUGUGGCGACAGCGGAACGGCCCCUUUCCGGAGGAUUUCCAACGUACUUACCUGCCCGCCAACUACAACAAAUCCAAGUCAUAUCAGGCCCGUGUCCAGAGCUACAAGGCGGCCAUGGCCAAAUGGGGUCUGCCUGAGCAUGAACAGUACGUGAGUCGCAUUCCCACAGCCGAUCAAUUUGUGCAAUCUGUGGCCCGCUGCUUCAACACCAAUCCCCAGGAGUUUAAAGUGCUAAAUCAUGGGGACUUUUGGUCCAGCAACAUAAUGCUAAGCUAUAGCCAAUCUGGGGAGAUCAAUCAACUGCGUUUUGUGGACUUUCAACUGUGCAAGUGGGGCAGUCCUUCGCAGGAUUUGUGGGAGUUGAUCGUCUGCUCGGCCCAUCAUAGCAUACGGAUCAAGCACUUUGAUUGCUUCGUUAGGAUCUAUCACACUCAUCUGGUGCGCUGCCUGAAGAUCCUAAACUACAGCGAACGAAUGCCUCUGUUAAGAGAACUCCAUAUGAGCAUGAUCAAGUAUGGUUUUUGGGGUUACUUUACGACCUUUACUCAUCUGGUGUUUAUCCUUAUGCCGGUCGACACGGAGGCGAGUCUCCAGUUACUGAUGCAGGCGGACGAGGAGGGAGACCGCUUCCGCUCCAAGGUCUACACGAAUCCCCUGUACGUCCGCUCUGCUCUCAGCAUAUUUCCGUUCCUCUAUAGGCGUGGCAUUUUAGACUUUUGAAUGCGAUUCUACCAAAGGUAUAUAUUUACACACAUACAUAUGUGCAUAUGCAAGUGUGUAAUUCUGCUGUAUUUCGUGAGUGACUUUGACUAUCUUAAAGAUUUAUCUUUUGUUUA